AUGUUCUUGAGGCGGCAUAUUGAUCAAAGCUUGUGGAAUGAAAUCCGCUUACUUGACUACAAAAGGGUUAAUGACUUCAACAAGGAUAUGUUGCGCUUGAAAGCACGUCUCAAUUUAUGUGGCAAGGAACUCACAGAAGAUGAUAUGAUCCAGAAGACUCUAUCCACUUUUCCUACUUUAGCACUUAUAUUAGCAAACCAGUAUAGGUUGGAGCAUGUUGGGACAAAGAAAAUUCCCGAGGCUAACUAUGGCAAGGUGAAGGAUGGAAAGAACCCUAAAGCAAAGGGGACUGGAUGUCCUAGUGGCCAUGGUGCCACUGGACCUAGUGGUCACAAAAUGAAAAAGGCACCGAAAAACCCUCAAGCAAAAAGGGAUAGAGUUGACAAUGAACCUUGCUAUAGGUGUGGAGACAUUACUCAUUGGUAUAAGAACUGCCAGACAAGCAAUAGAGUAGUAGCCAAUUACAAGAGGUAUAGGGAGUCUAGAGAACAACAGGCUCACUAUAUGGAGGAAGAAGGUCGUGAACCUAAUGUCAACCUCACAAUUUUGGACUUUAAUGGCAAGAUGGACCAUGCCAAGUCAAGCGAUACUCCAGAUUUUGAUUAA